AUGCGGUUUUUCCGCGGUUACCCGCGUCUCCCCGCCCUCGUCGCAGCUGCAGCGUGCGCGUUGUUGCGCGCAUGUCUGCUCCGCUCGCUCCUCUCGGCUCACUUCUCCCCCCUCCUCAUGGUUGCCGCCACGACCUGGGCUACCUCCCAAUUGCCGACGCUGCAGGAGUGCCAGAAGGUGUGGAAGCAGAAUUUCACCGACUGGGCUGCUGGGUCGGACUGCAACAACGCAUCGCACCUCACGUGCGACGACAACGGCAUGGUCACGUCCAUGUGA